CGUGUCAUCAGUUAACAAAGUGAACUUGUUGCAUUCACAAUGAUUUACAGACCGGAGAACACCUACGAUGCGGAGCGCAGAAUCUGGAAUGGUCAGCAGGAACAUGAAUAUUUUGCUCCCGAUCUGUCCAUUGGACACAUCAUUUUUCACGAAAUGCGACGUCACCCGAAGCUGAUAGCUCAAAUCUCAGACACUGAAAAUACUGUGUUGACCCGGGAGGAGCUCCAUUUAAACUCGAUGCGCGUGGCCAGUUAUAUGAGAUCUUUGGGCUUGCUGCAAUCAGACAUUGUGGGAAUCAUAGCAAGAAAUACUACGCACAUCUUUGCCGUGGCCUAUGCCUGUUUUUUCAAUGGGAUUGCCUUCCACUCCCUCAACGUCUCCUACGAACAGGCGACCAUUGAGAAGCUAUUUGAUAUUACGAAGCCGCGUUUAAUAUUUUGCGAUGGUGAAGACUAUGAGAAAGUGAAAUUGGCCACGGAAGACUUAAACGUGAAGAUUAUUACAAUGCGUAACCAUCAGAUCGGAUCCAUUAGCAUUGAGGAAGUGCUGGCUACGCCUGUGGAACCAAACUUCGAACCCUCUCGUCUUGAGCAGGGAAAUGAUCAAACUCUGGCCAUUCUCUGCUCUUCCGGCACUACGGGUACACCCAAGGCAGUGACCAUCACGAAUAGUCGCAGGAUCCUAAAUUGUAGCACACAUCUGACCACUGCUGACGUUCAGUACACGCACAGUACUCUAGACUGGGUGACCGGACUCAUAGCCACGGUCACUUCGGGAGUAUAUAGCACCAAGCGAAUUAUAGCUGCCAAUUCUUUUGAUCCUGCUCGUCUCCUUCGCAUUAUUGAGGAGCACAAAGUCUCGUGGCUGAUGCAGGCACCUUCUCACUUGGCUAUGUCUGCCAAUUGCCCUGAAUUCGAGCAGGCAGACCUACUAAGCAUACGAUCCUACUAUUACGGAGGUGGCCGAUGCUCCUUAGAGGCGCAACAUAAAAUAAGGAGUCGUUUGCGCCAUGAUUGCAUGAGAUUAGCUUAUGGCUUCACAGAGUUAGGAAGUAUGCUAUCUAUGAACUGGCAUUUUGAUGAGAAACCCAAUUCGGCUGGCCGUUUGAUGGAUGGCUUCAAGCUGAAGAUACUCGAUGAUCAGGGACAGCCCCUGGGACCGAACGAGGUCGGUGAAAUAUGCGUCUAUUCUGGUCAAUAUUGGGCCGGUUAUUAUGGAAAUCCCGAGGAGACACACAAAAUACGUGACUCGAAUCUAUGGUUUCACAGUGGGGACCUUGGUUACAUGGAUGACGAGGGUUUCCUUUACAUUGUGGAGCGGAAGAAGGAUAUGCUCAAGUACCAGAACAUAAUGUAUUACCCAAACGAAAUAGAAGAAUUGAUUGCUCAGAUGCCAGAAGUAGCGGAGGUCUGUGUCUUUGGCAUCUGGAAUCAAUUCAACGGUGACGAGGCCGCUGCUGCUGUCGUGAAGAAGAUUGGAUCCAACAUACACGCACAGGACGUGGUGGACUAUGUGGAGCAGCAUUGCACUGCUAAGUAUAAACAUUUACAUGGAGGUGCCAUCAUUGUGGAUGACUUGAAGCGUACUGCCAACGGCAAAACUAAUCGUCAGGCCACAAAGGCAUACUUUCUCGAAGUAAAAUAUAAAAAUUAAAUUUAUGAAGCACCUUAAAUACAUUUAGUAAAGCAAUAAAAAUAGUUAUAAGUUUUUCCUUGAAUAAAAUAUCCGCUAAUAUCAUCUAUUUAAAUAAACUGAGUAGAGGAGGAAA